AAUUAUUGCGCAGCGCGUCGAGGCUCCAAUAUUGACGCUCUACAUCCCACAUACCCUUAGUUUUGCGCCGCCGUGACAGUCGCCUGUUUCGGCGCUUAUUUUCUCCACCAACGUGUUCAGUUGUUUGUUAACAUUGCUGUUAGCAGUCCGCCUGUAAUGGUGAAGGCCGCAGCAAAACCGGGCAAGAGCCCUGGCAAGAAGGGCCGGCCGAACGCGGAUUCAGAUGACGAUGCCGGCCCUUCCACUAGUGGUAAUGUCGGCAAGGACAAUGGCGCCGUCGCGUCGAGGCAGGGCGCCAGCAUCGGCCAGCAGACCAGCGGCAUCCGCAACAAACAGAAGCGCGGCGAGCUGUACCAUAAAUUGAAGCAUCAAAAGGAGAAAGUCAAGGCCAAGGAGCGCCGGAAAAAGCAAAAGGAGGAGGCGAAGGCGCUGGAGGCAGGGCUGGAGCCGCCGCCGAAGCCCCUGCAGCACACCAUUGACAACCAGCGCGAGGCGGAUGACACGAUGGUGGACCCCACGGAUGAGGAGAUCAUGGCGGAUGAGAACGACGACGAGUUCGCGGCCCACUUCGCCAACGCGCGGCCGCCCAAGGUGCUCAUCACCACCAGCUAUAAGCCGUCCAAGAUCAUGUACACCUUCCUGUCGGAAAUGCUGGAGCUGCUGCCCUGCGCCGAGUACUACAAGCGCAACGGCUUCCCGCUCAAGAAGAUCGUCAAGUUCGCCGCCAACCGCGAGUACACCGACCUCAUGGUGUUCAACGAGGACCGCAAGCAGAUCAACGGGCUGCUACUGGUGCACCUGCCUGACGGCCCCACCGCCCACUUCCGCCUGUCCAACCUCAAGCUGGGGGCGGACAUCAAGGGCCACGGCCGCGCCACGCAGCACAAGCCCGAGCUGAUCCUGAACCACUUCGACACGCGGCUGGGCCACCGCAUGGGCCGCAUGUUCGCGUCGCUGUUCCCGCAGGACCCCCAGUUCCGCGGGCGGCGAGUGGUGACCUUCCACAACCAGCGCGACUUCAUCUUCGUGCGGCACCACCGCUACGUCUUCGAAGAGAAGGAGUCGCGGGAUCGCGCCGCCAAGGACCCCUCCAAGAAGAAGAAGGCGGUGGUGGCGCGACUGCAGGAGCUGGGGCCGCGCUUCACGCUGAAGCUGCAGAGCCUGCAGAAGGGCACCUUCGACAGCAAAAACGGCGAGUUCGAGUGGCUGCCCAAGAAGGAGAACAAGACCAGCCGCCGCCGCUUCUUCUUGUAAUGAGGAAAGGCAGGCAAAGGAGCAACAGGACACUGUGGCCGGCGUGUGUGCGUGUGUGGAAGGGUUCCGUAGGGUGUGCCUGCAACCUUGGAAGUCAGGCUGUCUUCCUUGAGCAACCCUGGUAGCCCUUUGGCAGUUCGGAUGGUGCAAACGGGUGCAGGGGUAGGCAGGGGCAGGAACACAUAAUGAGGUAGAACUCACUGGGUAGAACUGUUACAGUCUUAUAUUCAUGCGUGUACAAGUUUGACAUUCGUUCUUGCAGAUGGGGCGCUACUGCAGGCCUUAGUAGGCAUGUCCAGGGGAGGCAUGUCCAUUUGGCACGUCUCCGUUAUGCUGUCAGGGGAAUAUGGAAUGCACUGAGUGAAAGGUGAAAGCGGAGGCUCCAAGGCUGAUAGCAAAUACGGGUUGGUAGGCGGUUGGCCUGCGGCGGCCGUUGCGUGGUUGGCCAGCGCCCGAUGACGGCCCACAGCUGCGACUUACCGUACGCACGGGCCAUAGAAGGCUGUCCCACGUCUCUGCAUAAGGGGCGCCGAAAGGUCUGCCACCCUGCUGCCGAAACCGGAGUGAACCAAAGAGCACUGAGAAGCUGUGCCAGAUGGGUACGCAUUAGUUCCGCAACACUCGUCAAUGGGUCUGCGUCUUGGGGCCAGGUGCGGGGAGCCGCGCGCGGGAAAGCCAGGGCCUGCAUAUUAAUUCAAGUAAUUUGGCAACAGGACCCAGCAUUCCCCAGCCAUGCAUGCAGCACGUCAAUGGCAACACUCGUGUGCCAAUCGUGUUCUUAAGUUGUGCACCUUGUCCGCAAAGCGCAUAGCUGGAGAAGCCAGAGAAGCUGUGCCGGCUGUAUGUGCAGGGCUGUGCCCGAAGUUGAAAGUUCCUGCAAUCGUACGACGAGUUCCAGCGCGCCUUCCCCGAACGCUUACAGUGAGCAGCCAUGUGCAUUUCAGGGGAAGAGGCGGAGAGCUAUUUCGGAUAAGCCU